CUAGUUAUGGUGAUAAAGGUGCAUCUAAUUUUACAUUUUUUCCAUUGAAUGAUUGUAAACAACCCGAAGAAAAAGGUGCUCAAACAAAUACAGUCGAAGGAUCUGGUCCACAUCCUACUCGCCAACAACAUUCAUAUUGUCAUCAUGCAUUAUUUCAUCAAGGUUAUUUAUAUGUUGUUGAUUUAGGAACCGAUACAAUAAGUGUAUAUCAUUUUAAUGAUACCAAUGGUGAAGUUAAAUUAAUUAAUAAUCAAAUAAAAACAGAAGCAGGUGCUGGACCUCGUCAUAUUAUUUUUCAUCCAACUAAACCGCUAGCUUUUGUAUGUAAUGAAUUAAAUUCAACAACAAAUGUUUAUCGAGUAGAUUCUUCGUCUGGUGAACUUGAAUAUAUUCAAACAAUAAAAACACGACGACAAGAUGAUGAAAAUGAUUCAAGUAAAGAAAAUUAUCCAGCUGAAUUACAAUUUACACCCGAUGAAAAAUAUCUACUUGUGUCAAAUCGUGGCGAUGAAAAUCUUGUUAUUUUUAAUUUAAAUGAAAAUAAUGAGAAAGAAAUUUUAAGUGUCAAAGAACAUCUUGAUUGUCAUGGUUCAUUUACACGAUAUUUUACAUUUGAUCCAACCGGAAAAUUUCUACUUAUAGCUAAUCAAAAAUCAAAUAAUUUAGUUUGUUUUUCAUAUAAUCGUGAUAAUGGUACAUAUACAUUUAUUUCACAAUUGGAUAAUAUUCAAAGUCCUCAACAUAUGAUUUUUUUAAAUAAAUGA